GGUGUUCGGAAACCUUGUGUGAAGAUCCAGUGUUUUAUCAUGAAGCAAACCAGUGAAAUCAUCUUCCUGGAAUCUCUGGUCAUUGGGGCUUUGGAGUGCGGUUCGGGGGUGCAGUUCAGUCCUUUGCUCACCGGUUCCUGGGUCUCCUGGGAGCUGCUGCUGCGAACCGUGCUGAAAUGUGGUUUUGCCGUGUGGACAGACUCCCACCAGCGGUUAUUGUAUGACUGGAUGGAUUUCCAUGCUAAGCCUCCGGAGAAGCAGAGAUCAUCAUGGCUGCUUCUAGCCCCGUUGCUCACCCCUCCUGUUCCUGUGAUCACAGCCCCACCGUGUUCCCUUUGUCCAGAAGGAGCACACAGGUUCCAGUGGAUCAGGAAUCUGGUUCCAGAGUUUGGGAUCUCCAGCUCACGUGUCAAGGUGCUUUCAUCCCCAGCUGAAUUCUAUGAACUCCUGAAGGUGCAGAUAAAAACAGCCAAGCAGCGAGUGGUGAUGGCUUCGCUAUACCUGGGAACGGGGCUCCUCGAACAGGAGCUGGUGGAUUGCUUAGAAGAAACGCUGGAGAAAUCACUGCAAGCAAAAGGAUCGUCUAACCUCAGAGUUUCCAUUCUUCUUGACUACACCAGAGGAUCCCGGGGCCGGAAGAAUUCUCGAACAAUGCUAAUUCCAUUGCUGCAGCGAUUCCCUGAGCAAGUCCGUGUGUCGCUCUUCCACACCCCAAACCUGCGUGGACUUCUCAAGCUCUUGAUUCCAGAGCGUUUUAAUGAGACCAUUGGACUGCAGCACAUCAAGGUCUAUCUCUUUGAUGAUAACGUGAUUCUGAGCGGCGCAAACCUGAGUGAUUUGUACUUCACCAAUCGUCAGGACCGCUAUGUCCUCCUGCAGGACUCUCCUGAGAUUGCAGACUUCUUCACGGAGCUAGUGGAUGCGAUUGGAGACGUGUCUCUGCAAUUGCAGCGAGAUGAUACAGUCCAGAUGAUGGAGGGGAUGGUACACCCGUACCAAGGAGACAAGAUGGCUUAUUGUGAGAUAGCAAACCGAAGAGUCAUGGAGGUGAUCAACUCUGCCAGGUCACGACAAGAACUCCUUCACGCAAAGACUUUUCACAGCAGCCAGCAAGGCAGCUCCUUGUUAUCCCAGCAAGGCUCUCAGGCAUCCGGGGGUCUGAAACCGGAGCCUGACACCUGGAUCUACCCCUUAAUCCAAAUGAAACCUUUUGGGAUUCAAAUAGAUGAGAUGGUCACAGAGACACUGCUGACAGAGGCUGAACGGGAUGCCAGGAUAUACCUUACCACUGGCUACUUCAACCUGACACAAGCUUACAUGGACCUCAUUCUGGGCACGAGGGCUGAGUAUCGGAUUCUUCUGGCCUCACCAGAGGUGAAUGGCUUUUUUGGUGCCAAAGGGGUGGCAGGUGCCAUCCCUGCUGCCUAUGUUUACAUUGAACACCAAUUUUACAGUGAAGUCUGCUACCUUCACCAACAGGAGAGGGUCCAGCUGCAGGAGUACUCCAGGGCUGGGUGGACUUUCCACGCCAAAGGCCUGUGGCUGUACCUGGCCGGGAGCGACCUCCCCUGCCUGACUCUGAUCGGCUCCCCGAAUUUUGGAUAUCGAUCAGUCCAUCGGGACUUGGAAGCUCAGGUUGCGAUAGUGACGGAAAGUAAAGCUUUGCAGCAGCAGCUCCAUCAGGAGCAGGAGCAGCUUUACCUCUGCUCAGGUGUAGUCUCAUCAUCAACAUUUGAGCAGCCAAAUCGUUAUGUGAAACUGUGGGUGAAGCUGGUAACACCGCUGAUCAAGAAUUUCUUUUGAAAAAAAAGAAAAGUUGCUGCUUUGGGUUAAAGGUCCAGACAUAGGUGGGACCUCGCAUCCGUGUCUUAUAGACGGGACAUUCAUAGACGUUCUUGGUGUCCACGCGGUCCACAGGGAUGGCUCUGAUGAAGAUGACUGGCAUCAUGGGUGUCAACUCCUUCAGUCGAGCGUCUGCGAUCACACCGGAAACAACGUCCCAUCGAGCGCCUGCAACAUGAUGAAGUUGUCAGGGUUCCAGCUACCAGUGGCUUUUUCACUU